AAACACCCCCAUUCUCAUUUGGGUCCUUCUAAGUUUGAUUGGAAACUGAUGUGAAAAGCAAAACUGACUCUUACUUGUAUAUCAUCACAACAGGUUGUCAUUUGUGGAACAUUGUGGUUAUUUAUUUUUUUCACUAUUUUCUCCCUUAUAUCCCCAUAUCGAUAGAAUGUCCUUUCUUGGUGGCGCGGGGUGCUCAGCUGCCGGCAACCCGCUGACACAGUUUACAAAACAUGUUCAAAAUGAUACUUCCCUUCAAAGAGAUCGACUUGUUGGUAGAAGCCUGGGCGGACUCCAAGAAGGCAUGCGCUCACAAAGUAUCAUGGUUGGCCAAGACCAAAUGAUGGAUGAGUUUUUGCAACAAGAAGAUCAAAUUCCUCCGGCUGCGACACACCCGUUUUCCAUGGAACAGAUGCGACUGGAACUUGAGAAUUUCCAAGCUGGUCCUCCGAGGACUGGAUCCUCAGGUUGGGCUGCGGAAUUUGACACAGUCAAAAACGCAAGAAUGGACCCCGCUUUUCCGGGUCCAAAAUCACAGUUGAUGCAAGGAAUUGGAUUCUCUGCCAAAGAGUUUGCACAUUUUUCGCACCAGAGUAGUCCGCAAAGAACCGCAAGCCCCGUCACAUCAACUCCCGCAGUGCUGUCAUCGUAUCAUCCGCAAAGGGGAAUGGGAUACCGAGGCGUUGGAGGUAACUAUAUGCCUAUGAUGGGCUCAUCAUAUGGGCAUAUGGCGAUUCACCAACAAUCCUCAGCGCAAGAGGACAAGGGUAAAGGGAGGAUGGUAGAACUUGAUGAUAAGAACUGGGAAGCCCAGUUUGCAGAAAUAGAUGCUGCAGGAGAAAAAGCUCUGGACGAAGAAGCAACCGCGGCAAUGGAAGCUGAGCUUGAUGAUUUGGACAGGCGAAUGGUCAAUGAAGAAGUCAAUUUUGAGAACAUGCAUCUAGGCGAAUUCGGUGAAUGGGAUAAUUUUGACGGCAGCCUCAACACGCACAGCUUUAGGGACCCGCAGCUCGGUGACUACCUUUUCGAGGAGGAAAACAGUUACCGGCUGAUCCCAAACCCUUUCGAAGAAGGGAUUCGAAUGAUGAGAGAAGGUGAUAACCUCUCUCUCGCUGUCCUGGCAUUCGAGGCUGCUGUGCAGAAAGAUCCUAAACACGUCGAAGCAUGGACCAUGUUAGGCUCCGCCCAGGCGCAAAAUGAGAAAGAGAGCCCGGCCAUACGUGCAUAUGAACAAGCUUUAAAACUGGAUCCUAGUAAUCUAGAUGCUCGUAUGGGCCUUGCUGUUUCAUAUACGAAUGAGGGGUACGACUCUACAGCGUACAGGACGCUGGAAAUAUGGCUUUCCGUGAAAUACCCUCAAAUCAUCAAUCCGAAAGAUAUUACCCCGGACACCGAAAUGGGCUUCACUGAUCGACAUUUGCUUCAAGAAAAAGUCACAGAUCUUUUUAUUCGGGCAGCCCAGCUCUCUCCGCAGGGGGAACAUAUGGACCCCGACGUUCAGGUUGGCCUUGGUGUUCUGUUCUAUGGCGCCGAAGAAUACGAUAAAGCCGUCGAUUGCUUUUCUGCGGCUUUAGCAUCCAACGAGUCGGGUACAUCAAAUCAACAGGAACAACUGCACCUUUUAUGGAAUCGUCUUGGGGCAACUCUGGCGAAUUCUGGCAGAUCAGAGGAGGCUAUCGAGGCGUAUGAAAAAGCCCUUACUAUCCGUCCAAAUUUUGUCCGCGCAAGGUAUAAUCUUGGUGUCUCUUGUAUUAAUAUUGGAUGUUACCCUGAGGCUGCUCAACACCUCCUGGGGGCAUUGGCCAUGCAUCAAGCGGUUGACCGCGGGGAGUCUUUCCCAUUCUCUGAAGAUGAAAUCGCGGACUCCCAUAGUACGCAUAAUCAGAGUACAAACCUAUAUGAUACUCUGAGACGAGUUUUUAAUCAAAUGGGUCGAAGAGACCUUAGUGACAUGGUAGUCAAUGGCAUGGAUGUGGAAGUUUUCCGGAAGGAGUUCACUUUUUAAUCAAAGUGUUGAAGCACACAAUUGGUAAGUCUAGGAGGUUCAUUUGUUUAGCAGUGGUUACAUAUCAUGACAAUCUUAUUAGAAGCAGUGAUAGAAUGGUGUGUUGAAUCUAGUGUUAGUGGCUAGAUCUUCAAUGAUUCUCAAGUUCCUGGUAGCC